AUGAUGAGUAAGAUGGGUUCCAUGAGCUCCUUGGUGUUUCUCUUUGCAGUUGCAGCACUGAGUGUAUCCCCUCAAGGGCUUGCUGGCUAUGUGAAGCCCCCAGUAAAGAAACCACCGAUUUACAACCCCCCAGUUGAGCAACCACCUCACUAUGGCAAGCCACCAUUUGGAAAACCACCUGUUUAUGAACCACCAACUGAGAAACCCCCAGUUCAAAAACCACCACAUGUGCAGCCACCAUAUGGGAAGCCACCAGUUCAUGAGCCUGAAUAUGUGAAUCCACCUCUUCACAAGCCACCAGUCCACAGUGCACCCCCAGUUCACAAGCCACCCCACCCGAAGCACCCUCCAACAUAUGACACUCGUUUCUGA